UGUAAUGUUUUGUUGGCUCCUUCAGUUUGAGCAGGUGGUGUCUGGCGCUAACAUUAAACAUCCCCACCCUAUUCUUACCUUCUAUGUAAGUGUCCUUCACUGCCUACUUCUGAAUCGCUCUUAUCUCAAAUCUGAUCAUGCCUGCCAACUAAUGUGUGCAUUGUGACUUGACCAAACAAGGGGUCAAUGCAGAGAGAACUCAGAGAAAAUCAGUUCAAUAAUGAUUUAAAUGAAGACUAUAUUCUUUCCAAGGAGAUUCUGAAUCAUCAACAAAAAUACAUUCUUCUCCAAACUGAAAUUUGGCAAAUUACUCUAGAGUAUAUUGCAGGACAAUCCUGUAACAAAGUUAAAUUCAUUGCAUCUAGAAUCUUCAUCCUUUUCAGACAUGGCAGGUGUGAGUACCUGGAUAAAACAUUUUAUGUUUAUCUUCAACUUCUUAUUCUGGCUCUGUGGUGUGCUGGUAUUGUCAGUGACAACUUGGUUAAUAAGAGACAAAAAUAUUAAAGAGAUUCUUAGCCUUGAGAACACUGCUCAACCAUAUAAUGCUAUGAAUAUCUUGGUUGCUGUGAGUGCUGUAAUAAUCAUUCUGGGGUUCCUGGGCUGCUGUGGUGCCAUUAGUGAAAGCCGCUUGGCUCUUCUUGGGUUUUUCAUAGGCAUGCUUGUGCUCCUUAUCCUGCAGGUGAUAGCAGGUACUGUAGGAAUUAUUUCCAAACAUAAGGUGGAGCAUAUUUUGAAUAAUACUUUCAGUGAAACUAUACAGCUUUUGAACUCAACGGCAGAAGCUGCAAAAAUAUUUCAGGAAGCCCUAAUUGCAUUUCAAAAGAAGUUUAAAUGCUGUGGUUUGAUCAAUGGAGCUGCUGACUGGGGACAUAAUUUUGAAAACAUUUCUACGUCAUGUGAAUGUACAGCUACUACAGCCUAUUCUUGUACAAUUUAUGACAGAAAACAUGUAUACAGCCAGACAUGCAUUUCUCUUAUAAAAGAGGAAAUUAAAGAGCAUAUUAACACUGUUAUUGGAAUAGCAUUUGGACUAGCCUUGAUUGAGGUAUUUGGUCUGCUGUUUUCCUUGAUUCUGUUCUUCCAGAUUGGGGCCAAAUGAAUACUUGGAGCUGUCAAACUAUUGUCAAUCAAUCCCCUUUAUGAUUUUGCUUGAAAAUUAUAAAUAUGUGAAUAAUGAAUAUGCCAAGAGUAAUCAUCCUAUUAAAAUGUCUCUUUAAACUAAA